CAUCUCAUCACCCAGCCAAGCCCGAAGUAGGAUUACAGCAUCGUUCUUCUUUUCCUCUGUGCAGGACCAUGCGGUUGCUCUCGUGUUUACUCCUAGGACGGCUCGUCAGCUUGGCGGUCGGCUUCAGCCUCGGACCUGGCAUGGGGAGCGGGCGAAGCAUCACGGCUGGAAAUCGACACACGCGACAUUUCUUUUGUUGCGACGGGAAACAUGUACUGACCACACGCAUGAGCUCGAUGAGCACGCCUGCUGAUGUCGACGAGAUUACUCUCAUCAAGAAUUCUCUGCUCCAGGUAGCGGCGAUGACUGAGCGAGGGAAGUUGGCGACGGAUGCCCAGCAGAACGACAUGGACCUCUUGCUGGAGCGCCUGGAAGAGUUGAAGGCGGAGGAGCUGCUCGAACCGUACAAGGACGAGAACAUGGUGGGGACCUGGACGCUCGUCUACUCGUCUUCGCAGGCGUUCCGCUCCAGCCCGUUCUUUGCAACGUUCCAGGCGCUGAUCGGCAAGCAGGGCGUCGCCGAGAGAGUCUUUUCCUUCACCGACGCCUUCCCCAACGCCAAGAUUGGUCAGGCGAGGCAGAUCGUGAACGAGGACUGCACCGAGCUCCUGUCGCGGGUGGAGAUGUCGGUCUGGCCUCACAGAUGGAUAUCGGGCGUAGUGGAGACGCGGUCCAAGAUCGUGAACGACGACAUCGGCGACCGAUUGGAGAUUAUCGUCGACGACACCAGGGUUAGCGAUUCCAUUCUGGGCAAGAUCAGCCCCCGUCUCGAGGAGGUGCGAGUGCCGGUUGACCAGCUCUCGGAGAGACUAUUCGACCGCAUUCCGCGCAUCACGCUGGACACGGUUUUCCUUGAUCAAGAUCUACGCGUGUCUCGCCUCCCGGAUAGAAAUUUCCUGAUUUACGUCAAGGACUACUGACGAGACCGAGUGUAAUUAUUUGAACGGCGGGAGGUUGUAGGUGGAUGCGGCGGAGGAAAGUGAUGGGACGGGCGGUGAACAACGGCGAAGGGGGAUCUGAUCAUUUUGACCCUAAACUUACCGGGCAUAGAACAACGCGCCUUGUUCUUGGGGUGGGUUGUGUUGUAGAGAGUUUAUGUGGCACUCACGCAAGAGACCCCGUGAUGAUCGGCUCAUUGAUUUGUUGGACGCGAGAUUUGUGUAUAGGAACCAAAUUGAAAUGCUUGUUCGUUUUGUGUACUGUUUCAUGCGUUUUUGAACCAAUUGGAAUGAUUGGCUUGUUCGUUUCAGCGUUCUUGUGUCCGCGAGCGACAUUAGAGAAAAGAGUUCCAAAUCGGCACGAUUGGUAUGUCUGCACGAUGGUUGGGGUUUCUCGGCAUGCCUUCUUGCCGAAUCCGGUCGUGAACGAGACUGUGAGAGAGAGUGGUUCACGGUUGAGAGAAUGAAACCCCUACGUUUCUCUGCAACUGCGACUAGAUGUGGUACACACGUGGGUUGGGAUUUGCUUGUCUCUUCAGCUGCCUGAAAGUCGGCCGUGUUCGGCGCCACGGACGGUAGUGAUCCAUCGUCAACACUCCUACACGACGUGUCUAGAAACGCAUGAAUCGACGUGGGUUCCAAAAGGAUAGUAGGAACUCGCCUUACCUCUUCAAUAUUGCUUUGCCAACAUAACCCUUCGAAGUAUCUCUUAGCAAGGGUAUUACUUGACCUCCGCUGCUACUAACGUCUGGGGUAGGCAUCACGCCGACCAAGUUCAAUUUAUGCUGAUU